AUGCGCCCGUCUCGCGCAGAAGUCGAGCAAGGAGCUCCUUGUUUAUUCGAAGCAUAUCAGCGUUACGGCCAUCCCUAUAAUCGAAAAGAAGGCAGCACCGGAAUGAUGCAAAGCCUUUCGGCAGAGACCACCCUACUUUCCAUAUCGGAGACUUCCAACCAACAAUACAAUGGAUGCAACAUUGGCGUAAGGUCGAUGGAAGAUGCAUGCGCGGAGGAGUCUCAGCUGGGCCAUUCAUCUCAACCUCAGGGACCGGUAGCCCCACCGAACUCCCCGAUCAGCAUUACAAAUCGACUUCUCUCAUCUCAGGACGUCGUAUCUCGUGCGUAUCUCGAGGGACGUACUCGCAUCUGGUUACCACCUAAGGUCAGAGACACCAAAAUCUGGUUUAUCUUGCCAGGAUAUAUGUCUGGUCGCCGCAUUCCUGAUGAGCCGUACCAACUCCUUUUUGACUUGCUCCUCACGAUACUGAGCCCUGGUGUAUAA